CCCGUACGCCGUUGGAUGAUCCCCAGUCUCUUUAGAGGGCAUGUUGGGGAAGGAGGUGGCGGCAGCUUCCUCCCCGCCUCCUCGCCACCUGCUUGUCUCCUCCUCGGCGUCCCCACUUCCUCGAGUCGUCCCAGCCUCCCCUUCUUCUCCUCGCGUCGUCCCAGCCUCUCCGCCUCCUCCUCAGUCCUCCCGUCCUCACGUCGUGUCGGCUUCCCCGCCUCCUACUCGCGUCAUUCCCACCUCCCGGCCUCCUCCUCCUCUUCUUCUUGUUCUUCUGCUUCCUCUUCAGAACUACUAAUGAUGGGACAAAAGAAUGGUGCAGAUAGAGUACAUUCAUCUCAGGCAUCCAAUGGUUCUAAUGAUUUCAAUAAUUUUGGAUGGAGACACUGUCCAAGGACUAGUUUUGCACAGCAACAAGUUGUUAAUGCACUUCGCAUUGGGGAUAGAGAGAAAGCCUCUAAGCUGCUUUUGAAUAUUGGACAUGUCAAUGGCUUUUUAAGUGUUGAUGAUUUUGCUUAUAUUCUGGAAUACUGUGCUCAAACUCCUGAUCCCCUGUUUAUUAUGGAAACGUGGGAAGUUAUGAAGGAUAAAGCAGUGGGCAUGAACAGGAAAAGCUGCAGGUUUAUCAUUGAAGCCUUAAGUAAAGGAGGAUACCUUAAGGAGGCAUUGAACUGGCUUACUUCUCUUGGGGAAAAUGAUCACGUCAAUGCUGCACUUCCAAUGUUUAAUAUUUUGUUAGCUGGAUGUGGAAUCAAAAAGAGCCUGAAAGAUGCUGACUACUGUUUGGAGCUGAUGGAGAGCCAACAUGUAGGGAAGUCUGAGAUAACCUAUUGGGAACUUCUUAAGCUUGCAGUUAUGCAGGAAAAUCUGUCUGCAGUUCAUGAGAUUUGGAAGGAUUGCACUAGGUACUAUAGCCCAAGCAUUAUUACUUUACGGAAAUUUGUUCGCUCCUUCACUAAAUUAGGCGACCUUGAAUCGGCAUACAAUGUUUUGCAACUCAUGAUGGCUAUUGCUAGGCAAGAAAGUGCCUCUGUUACAAUAUCUGCCACAGGACGAUACCGGUCAUCAAGAUUAGAUAUUCCUAUACCCUUGACUAAUAAUUCAUCUGGAGUAAGAUAUUUGUUGGACACUGAAAGCACAUUGAAUAUGUUAUAUGAGGGAAGCUCCACUAAAGCUGAUAAGGGUUCAAAAGAAGUUUGUAUGGAUGUAACCAGUUGUGGAAACCAGUUGCCGUAUAACAUCACUGGGAAUCUCAAAUCAGAGAGGACCGCUGAAAAUCAGCCUGAUCUGCCUGAUGCAUCUAAUGUUUUGUUCACUGAAACCCUUGGAAGCAGGUUCAUCGACAGCGUAGAGAGUGGUAGAAGCAAUUCACAGAUGUUUCCCGCCGUUGCUAAUGCUAUUGGAACUGACAAUUUGAAGUUUGCAGUUAAACCAGAUGAGAGGACCAAAUUCAGUAAUGAAAAGACGAAACUGGUGUCCGAAAUGGCAUCUCCUCCCACUAUGAAUUUUUUGAGGUGGUCUUUCAAUGAUAUGCUCCAUGCCUGUGCGUGGUCUAAUAACUUCCAACUGGCUGAGCAGUUGUUCCUGCAGAUGCAUAACCUUGGAGUGGAACCAUCACAGCAUUCGUAUGAUGGAUUUGUUAAAGCUGUUAUCAAUGGAAAAGGAGUUGCUUAUGGCAUGAAAGUGAUUAAAUCAAUGGAGAAAAAGAAUAUUGAGCCUUACAAUGAUACUCUUGCAGCUCUUUCCAUUGGUCAUAGCAAAAAUUUGGAACUGGAUAUGGCUGAGGUUUUGUUGGAAAAAAUUUCUGGAAAUCUACAAAAGUAUAUACGUCCUUUUAAUGCCCUACUAGCUGCCUGUGAUGUCAUGGAUGUACCUGAACGAGCUGUUCGUGUUUUGACUAAAAUGAAGCGUCGAAACAUAAAUUCGAAUAUCCGGACCUAUGAGCUUAUGUUUUCCUUGUUUGGCACAGUCAAUGUUCCUUAUGAGAAGGGAAAUAUGCUUUCACAUGCUGAUGUUGUCAAACGGAUAAAGACAAUAGAGAUGGAUAUGAUGAUGAUGGGAAUACGGCACAGCUACCGAUCUAUGCAGAAUCUGAUUGGAGCUCUUGGAGCCGAGGGCAUGAUACAAGAGAUGUUUGCUUACUUAAAUGUGUCUGAAAACAUGUUUUGGCAGACAGAUCCUUAUCAGAAAUCUGAUAUGUACAAUAUUGUGCUGCAUGCACUUGUUAAGGCCAAGGAAAGUCACAGGGCAAUUGAAGUCUUUAAAAACAUGAGAUCAUGUGGUCUCCCGGCCAAUGUUGCUACGUACAAUAUUAUGAUAGAAUGUUGCAGCAUUCUGACAUGUUUCAAGUCUGCAUGUGCAUUGGUAUCCUUGAUGAUCCGUGAUGGUUUCCGUCCACAGUUAUUGACAUACACCGCGCUCAUAAAGGUACUUCUAGCAAAUGAAAAUUUUGAGGGUGCACUACAUCUUUUGGAUCAAGCUCGCUCUGAAGGAAUUCAUUCAGACAUCCAACUAUUCAAUACAAUUCUUCGAGAAGCAUCUUUAAAGGGUCAGAUUGACAUAGUUGAGCGUGUAAUUGAGGGUAUACUCAGAGCGAAAAUCCAGCCUAAUCCUUCAACCCUUUGGUACACAUUUUCUGCAUAUGUAGAGUGUGGAUUUCAUAACACUGCGAUGGAGGCAUUGCAGGUUCUGUGCAUGCAAAUGAUCUCAGAAGAAAACAUUCUUCAUGAAAAGAGGAUUGCCUAUGAAGAUCUUGUCCACAACGAAGGCCCAGAUGUUGAGUUAGAGAUUAUUGAAAUUUUCAAAGAAUCUCAAGAGUAUAUUGCAACAGCUUUAUUAAACUUGAGAUGGUGUGCAAUCACUGGCUGCUCAAUAUCAUGGUCUUCUGAGGAAAGCCUGUGGGCCAAAAGGCUUUCUUCUUCUUAUGGUGCCAGUAAAGGGUCUGCUUGAAUCUCUAGAGAUAUCAAGAGUAGUUCGUUCAAAUGGAUUGGCCUUCAUACUUCUCUAGAGAUUGCAAUAGUAGUUCUUUCAAAUGGAUUGGCCUUUAUACUUCGAUCAAAGAUGGCGGUUUAAUGAGCUCGAGAAAAAUAUCAAGCCCUCCAAUGUUAUUGUCAUUCAUGGAUGUCUUUUGUUGAGCAGAUAGCUGUGGUGGCUUCAAUCCUCCAUAUAAACCAAAAUGGCACCACUAACAUUUGAUUGUUCUGACAUGGAAGUGAUGGAUGUUUCCUCAGCAGAUCAAUUAAUUUUGGCCUGUUUCUUAUCGUGAUGGUUGAUGAGAUCUGGGCAGCUGUGGAGAUGAAAGCAUAUUUCUACGUGGGAUUUUGAUGACAUGUUUUGACAAGCACCCGCGCUUAUGAGGACUCAUUUUCCCUCAUUGAGCUAAACCACAUUCAACCUACAAAUGCUUAGCAACAUUGGGAUUACUGAUAUACAUGUGCGUUUACACAAGAAUAAUAAGGCAGCUGGCAAUUUGUCAGGUAUCAGUUUCCAGCCUCUCAUACAUCUUAUAAGUUGGAACAGUGAACAAGUGAGUUUGUACGUUCUUGAUGUAACUAAGUUUGCUAUGUUGAGCAAUGCAUAUUCAAUUAAUAUGCUAUUUAUGGUUCCAAUCUUGAUCAGAAAUUUUGUUACACAUGGAUGUAUAUGGAUCUGGUCCCCUGACCAAAAAAAUUUUUAUAUACUGUUCCUCUUUCCUUU